AUGUCGUUGAACAACUACGGGCUGCAUACGGCCAAAUACGGCCGCUGGCCAGGAAACAAAAGCCAUACGGAAAGAAGCGAUCCUGUUACGGGGUCCGUCCCAAAAGGCCAUGCGGCUUUCCAGGCGAUUACAAAAGCCACAUCCUGUACAAACCUACAAGCCUGUCCAAUUGCAAGUGGCAAGUCCAGGAGAUCGUGUUGCCUUGACUUGAGCAACGCACGGAGCCGUUGGACCCCACCAGCUUGGCUUUGGCAGAACUGUUGUGAGGAGCUGCAGCUUGAGGCUGCUGCAGCUCAGUGCUGCUGGCCCGCGCGUGCGCUUACAUUGUGCGGGUUGGACGCCUGCAGCGUUGGCUGGAUACCUUGUGCUGCAGCGCGCGCAGCGCCGCAGUUUCCCAGCCUUCUCACUUUCACGGUCAAGUUCAGUUCGAUGACACAGUCCUGGUCUGGAGCUUGCUCCAGUGGCCAGCUUCACAUCAAGGUAGUUGGCAAGAGGUUGCCUGAGACGGGCUGCGCUCAGGCUUGA